AUGGCCUUGAUGACGGCCCUCCUCUUGUUCUUGUCAUGCACGCUUGCGGCUGACGACGAGGACGUUUUUAUUGAUAACCUGUUUAAAGUCCACAAUGGGGCCACCGAUGGCAGCUGCGGUGGUCGAGCCGACGUGCUGGAUGAUUGGCUCGGUGAGACAAUUGACAGCCUUGACAUCGCAUUGAAAGCCAUGGGCAACUAUGAUGACAAUUGGCGUGUCCGAAGGUCAUUGUCGACAAUAUUCACACUCAAGAAUAGAAGGCUACGUACACCAAAGGACCAGGCCUUUAAAGAUGUCAAAGGGUAUCUUGAAGCGGUCCGAGAUUUUUUCAAUCGUCGUCUUGAUGACUCUGGGCAGCAAAUGUAUGUCAAGGAUGGGUAUUGGUUAUUUUGUGACAGCAAAUUUCUUUCCGAGCAACAGCCGACCGACACAGCCUUGGACUAUCUAGGUGUUCCUAUCAAGGACGACAAAGAACAGCCAGUCCUCAUCAAUAGUGUCGACGAAUAUAAGAUACAACUUACUAAAGAUGCAAAUGCUAAGCCAUGGUGGGCCGGCAUAUCCACGGACUUGAAUGCCUACUUUUUCACGCAGCAUGGCGCCGACUUUUGUGACGUCGAAGGCCACCUCGGCGUCACCGCAAGUGUAACACCAUACAAGAAAGGCAGUAGCGGAAGGGCAGAAGCCGCCCCUUUUGUUUACUCCACCACCCUGUGCCCCUCCAGCUUUGAAGGGACCGUGAUCGAUGGAACUGUAAGAUACGAGACUUACAAAGAGGCCAACGCUCGCAUUACCCCUGAGGCGAACCUUGCAAAUUUUGUCCCCAGGAGCGCGACUCUGCUGCACGAAGCUUUUCACUUUGUCCAUGGGUCGGUGUUCAAGGUACCAGGUGAUCCAAAGGACAAAAAGGCAGAGAAAUGCAAGUAG